AUGCCGUUGCUCUGCAAGUCCUUCGGGGUUGCUGCGUUGGUCUGGCUGAUAGGCGGUGCCGUGGCAGAGGAGGGCUCCCUGAGAGGGAUUGCCUCGAACGAGAAGCGCGCUGUGGAAUUGGAGGGGGUCAACAUGGUUGAGCAAAGCUGCUCCCCCAACGACUUGGGUUGCAUGGCAAGGCAGCUCGCUUGUAGCCUGUCCACCAAGAUGUUUGCGGAUUGGCCCGUGCAAUCAUCUCCAGGGCUUCGCUCGAUCUCGCUCCAGCUGGAUAACCUGUGCACCUUGGGAGAUCUCACUGGGCAGAAUGGCCAGGAGACGGAUCCGGAGGGUCCGCAGAGUGAUCUGAACGAGACUUCGCAACAGCUUCAGAAUCUCUCCCAGAAUCUCUCGCAGCUCCAGUGCUCCCCAAAAGGCUGUGCGGUGGAUGUCAUCCAAUAUCAGCAGCAACACCCGGGGGCAGCCUACGCGGCAAAGGCCGCCCAAGCCGGAGCAGCAGCGGCCCUCAACACGUUGCAGGCAGUGCUUGCUGGAGCGGACCUUCUUCCCUUACCCGGUGCUGUGGCUUUCAUUUGGAUGGGAGCUGCUCUGGAUGUCUUCUUUCCUCAGCAAGGUGGGCUGCCCACCAACCCCUGCACCUACGCCACGACGGAUUGGGGCAAGUGCGUGUGGCAGGAGAUCAAGCCCUUCGUGCAGUUCUUUGUGCAGCAGCAGCUGAACCAAGCCUUUGACACCUUCUGGACUGCCAGGAUCCAGGGUUAUCAGGGCCGGCUUUGGGCCAUGAACUCCUCGGCUUACCAGGAUUCCGAGCAUUUCCCCAACGGCAGCGUCAAGAGCAUGAGCAACGCGACGCAGACCAAGAUGUAUGAUACCCUCUUCCGCAUCUACCAGGACAUGAUUGGCGACAUCCCCCUGUUUAUGGCGAACUACUCCAUCAACACGACUGCGGGCGCCUACUUGUCGCAGUUUGCUUCCUUGCAUUCGUCCGUCAUGGUCAAUCUCAUGGGGUCUUUGAAGUAUAGGGACCAAGGCGAUCGCUUCAACUACCAGACCAUCACCGCUUGCUACGCCAUGAGCGUGUAUGCGCGCGCCACCGAGUCCUACAAAGCAAGGAUGGCGGCCUUUUCUGCUCAAAGCACUUCCACAGUGAAGUGCUGCAGCCUACAGGGGCAAUGCACGCAGUGUACUGGAGAAGCAUAUGGGGACUCCUGGCAGCAAUGUGGCUGGCAAACUGGCUACUCGGUCUCUUGCUACCAGUACUUGGACGCGUGCCAGACCAUCCCGACAGGAUCGAACACCGAGGACGUCACGGCUCCUUGGGAAUCGGCUCUGUGCUACCGCCAGCAUAAGAGCUAUGUUGAGGCCCAAACAGUGGCAUAUUGGCUGACUUGGUUGGCGCCAAUCCCCAGCUGGCUGCAGGGCAUUGUCAUGAUGCAGCAGGUGAACGUGACUGGUGCACAAACCGCGUUGCGAACCGGAUUCGAUUGUACAGCAUUCAGAUGA